UAGGCAACCCUGCUGUGCUCCUUCUCGAUGAGCCAUCCUCCGGUAUGGACGCGGCGUCAAACUAGAAUUCUGGUGCAAGGCAUAAACGGAUUUUCACGGCGCUGGGCCAUGAUCUACAUUAAUGAUUAUGUAAUGAACUUAGUGCUGGCACCCCACCAAUAACAAUAACAACCACCACCACUACCACAACAAAAGCCUCUCCAACAACCAAACACCCACUUUGAAUCCAAAUUCAAAUCCAACCCACUUCAGCCUGCUCCUGUGCUAUAUUGCAAGUGAUAUAUCGAGAAUUUAACAUUGUCUAUAAGAUGUCAAAACCAAUGGCCUCGAACGCCAUUCGCCUACCGACUGUCGCUGAGAUCGAGGCCGCGACGGAAUUCGUAAGCGCGCCAGACGCAUCCGACAAAGUCGUCCGGGUAAACGAGCAGUUCGCAGUGAAAAUGGGUUAUGGCGUAUCCCUCAUUGAGGCAGAAAACGUGAAGUUCCUCGCGGCAAACAGCAAGGUUCCAGUCCCGAAAGUCUUCGAAGCUUUCAAGGAACCCAACACGAACAAGACUUACAUUAUUAUGGAAUAUCUCCCCGGCGAUACCCUAGAAGAGUUAUUGCCAUCCCUUAGCCCGGUUGAAAAGGCUACGAUAAGCAACUUGGUUAAAGACGCGAUGACGGAGCUACGGAGUAUACCUCCACCAGAUUACUUGGGAAUGUUGAAUCGCCAGCCUUAUCUUGAUGGGGUGUUCUGGACGGAAGGUCUACAACCUAAAAUUUCAGGCCCCUUCGCAAAUCAGGGAGAUAUGAAUCUGGCUAUUCUUGAGAGACUUCGUCAGACAGAAUCAGACCCAUACAUACGAUUAUUGCGGAAUAUGGUUAAUGAGACUUUGAAAAACCACCGUACUGUUUUCACCCAUGGCGAUCUUCAACCGAAGAAUAUUAUGGUCGAAAGGCUAGACGGAACCCCAGAGUUUAGAAUCACUCUACUCGAUUGGGAAAGUGCUGGAUGGUAUCCGGAGUUCUGGGAUUUCUGCAACGCCACAAUCGCCUGUAGAUUUAAACCAGACUGGCUUGAACUUGUGCCUAAUAUACUGGACCAGUAUCCGGUGGAAUUUCUCAUGAUGCAGGUGGUUUAUUCUUCAGUGUUUUACUAGGUUGGUUUGAGUCAGGCGAAGCGCCGAUGACCAAGAAAUAGAUGGUCGUAGUAAGGUCAUAUUAUCUUCUAACAGUGAAGAAAAGGUAUUCUGUUGUGAUUAUGCCAGAAUACGUGGCAUUGAUAAUAUUUCAAUCAACCUAAAAGACCUAAAAUACAGACUCAUACAGUAACAGCAUUCUAAGAUAUUCGUUUACUGCCAUUUAUACCUUCCGCUAUGUACGCGAUGUCAGAGCGAAAAUCAUUUGAUCAACCUCGACGAAGCAGUUGUACCUUGUUAGAUGUCGUGUUAGUUCUGUAUAUCGGGUAUUUUGUAGUCACGCUGUGCUUCAACCU